CGACCCAACCGCUCCUCCGCGGUAAGCGAACCCCUCCCUCCUCCCUCCUCCCUCCUCUGCUCUACUCUCACCGCGCCUCCUCCUCCUCCUCCAUCCCCGGCGGUUCCGCUUCGUUUCCCACCAUAAAACCCAACCGCUCCCAACCCCCGCACAACUGCCAGCGCGCCGCGAGCCCUCCUCUCCUCGCCAUUCCCCUCCGCAAUGGCGUCGUCCACCACGGCCUCGUCCUCCCCUCUCGGCCUCGGGAUAGGGCUCGUCGGCGCCAUGGGCCGCGGCCUCCUCGCCGCCUCCGCCGAAGACCCCGCCCUGCCGAGCCCGCCGGCGAUGCCGGGGCUCCUGCGCCUGUGCUGCGCCGUGCAGCACUACGAGUGGGGCCGCCGCGGGGCGGACUCCCUCGUCGCGCGCCUCUCCGGUGAAGGGGGAGGGGACGCUGGCGACGACCCAGACGCCGCCGGCCGGCCGUUCGCGGAGCUAUGGAUGGGCACGCACCCGUCCGCGCCGUCCUCGCUGGCGCCCGACGUGUCGCUGCGCGACUGGAUCGCGCGCAACCCCGCCGCGCUCGGCCGCGCCGUCGCCGCGCGGUGGGGCGGCGACCUCCCGUUCCUCUUCAAGGUGCUCUCGGUGGCCAAGGCGCUGUCAAUCCAGGCGCACCCGGACCGGGAGCUCGCCAAGGCGCUGCACGCGCUGCGCCCCGCCACGUACCGCGACGCCAACCACAAGCCCGAAAUGGCCGUCGCCGUCACCGAGUUCCACGCACUCUGCGGCUUCUCCGACAUCCAGGAGCUCAAGGAAGUUUUGAGGACUGUACCCGAGGUUCGAGGGUUAGUUGGACAAGAAGAAGCUGGAAAGCUUAUGACUGUCAAAGAGCAAGAUGGUGGAAUUGGAGUAAGGUCAUAUCUGCAAUCAGCUUUCACCAAGUUAAUGAUAGCUAGUGAAGAAGCAGUUUCUGAAGCAAUUUCAAAACUUAAGAAUCGCCUGAAUGUUGAGAGUAAGAUUAGAACCUUAACGAAGAAGGAGCAACUGGUUUUAUCACUGGAGAAACAGUACUCAGGAGAUGUUGGUGUUCUGGCAGCGUUUUUCUUUAACUAUGUUAAGCUCAGUCCUGGUGAAGCACUUUAUGUUGGUGCCAAUGAACCUCAUGCAUAUCUCUCAGGGGAGUGUGUUGAAUGUAUGGCCACUUCAGACAAUGUUGUUCGUGCUGGCCUGACUCCUAAAUACAGAGAUGUGCAAACUCUUUGCUCAAUGCUGACGUAUAAGCAGAUCUUCCCUGAAAUUCUGCGAGGAGUUACUGUGCAUCCGUUCGUGACUCGUUACACACCUCCAACCGAUGAGUUCGAAGUCGACCGCUACCUGCUGCCCCCUGGAGAAUCAGUCGCCAUGUCUCCGGUACCCGGCCCAUCCAUCUUCCUCGUCAUGACAGGUGAAGGUGAGGUGAAGGCAGGCUCCAUGCCUGACGAAGCAAAGGCCAAGGAAGGCGACAUUUUCUUCGUGCCGGCAUACACCGAGGUCAAGCUCUGCACUUCCGGCCCCGGGUGCAUGCAGCUGUACAGGGCUGGGGUGAACAGAAGAUUCCUCGGUUGAUGGGUAACUUGUUUCUGGGGCUGUAAUAAGAGUAAUCUACUCUUGCUGUAGGAUAGGUACAAACUACACAUGAAUUCGCAAGCGCCAUACUUGUUUUAAGGUUAGUUAGGUGAAUUAUCAUAGUGUAUAGGAAAGGUGGAGAAUAAGUUCAUAUCUUUGUAUCUUAAUCUUGUUUAUUUUUUUAAAGCUAUGUAGAUGUUGGAGGAAGCUGAGGAGUCAUUGGAGUGUACUUUUGUUAAGAUAUUGAAUUGGAGUUUUGUAUGAACUGUUGACUUCCAUUAUGUUGGAGGUUUAUACUUGUUGUCUGCUAAUAAUAUCAGGAGCGAAAACUAUGUUUCUCA